AUGGUUGUGCCUGAUUAUACAGGAUAUAGUAGCAGCCAACCACCUGACAGUUCAGCAGGACCAGCCGAUGAUCCAAAUUUUGAUCUGGCACGUGGAGCGCAAGUUGACAUCGGUGACAGAGGCAAUGUUUACCGCACAGGUGACAGAAUAGAGGCUGAUGCGAUUGGCAGCAUUCAGACAGAUUUUGUACCAGCUUCAGCUCAAACACAAUCUAACUCACACUUCAGAUUACCCCAGAAUGCUAGAUUUAGAUUAGGCGAAGGGGCAGUGUUCAACAUGGGUAACAGAAACAACACAGAGCACAGAGGAAGUGAGAUAAAGGCAAAGACAAUUGGAACCUACAGUAGUAAACUGCGUUAA